AGUGCUGCAUAUCGUUUUCCAAUAUACAUAUAAAACUCUGAGAUACAAUAAUAACAACUAUAUUAAUCAAUGCUCUUUAUGCAAACUUUGUUCAGUGGCACUUUGAGAGCUGAGUGAAACAAAGAGCAGCAGAGCAGAGAGGAAUUAUUAGAUGGAGGAAAUGUUUGUGGCAGUGAAACUGGCUUCUUCAUUUGCUCUUGUGGGCAUUUUGAGCUGGAUACUUUAUCUGUAUGGUGAUUUGUGGCAAAAGUCCCAAAGGGUGAGAAGGAAGCUCCAAAUGCAGGGUAUAAGAGGCCCUCCACCUUCUUUUCUCCAUGGGAAUCUUCCUGAUAUGCAGAGGAUUCAAUCACAGGCCAGCAGCAUCAACAAAUCUACCACCACCAACAACCAUUCUGAGCAGUUUCUAGCACAUGACUACUCUGCAACCCUCUUCCCAUAUUUUGAACACUGGAGGAAACAAUACGGUUUAGUAUACACUUACUCCACAGGGAUGAAGCAACAUCUAUAUGUGAACCAUCCUGAUCUAGUGAGAGAAAUGAACCAGUGUAUCACUUUGGGAUUGGGUAAGCCUUCUUAUAUAACAAACAAACUUGCACCCAUGCUUGGCAAUGGCAUUUUGAGAGCCAAUGGUGUUAGUUGGGCGCACCAGAGGAAACUUGUUGCAGCUGAGUUCUUCAUGGACAAAGUUAAGGGUAUGGUGGGCCUAAUGAUAGAGUCAGCACAGCCACUACUGCAAAAAUGGGAGCAAGUUAUUGAGGGCCAAGGAGGUGUUACAGCUGAAGUGAAAGUUGAUGCAGAUUUGAGGGGCUUGUCUGCUGAUGUAAUUUCAAGGGUUUGUUUUGGCCAUUCUUACACCAAGGGAAAGGAAGUUUUCUCAAAGCUUAGAAGCAUUCAAAAGAUCAUGUCCAAACAAGGUGGCUUCCUUUUUGGGCUCGGCAGUUUCCGUGACAAACUAAAUUUGUGGACAAAGAAGCAAAGUGAGAUAAGCACUUUGGAGAGAGAGAUUGAGUCACUGAUCUGGGAGUUAGUGGAGAAACGCAAGAGAGAAUGCUCAGAGACAUCAUCAGAAAAGGAUCUGAUGCAGUUACUGCUGGAAUCAGCCAUGAGUGAUCAAAAUCUAGGGAAGGACUUCUCCAAGCAAUUCGUUGUGGAUAAUUGCAAAAACAUAUACUUUGCAGGGCAUGAAACUACUGCUGUUGCAGCUUCUUGGUGUUUGAUGCUUCUUGCUUUGCACCCUGAAUGGCAAACCCGUAUAAGGACUGAGGUUGCUGAACAUUGCCCCAACAGCAUACCUAAUGCAGAUUCUCUCCCUCUCUUUAAAACGAUGACUAUGGUGAUUCAAGAGGUGCUACGUUUAUAUCCAGCGGGAGCCUUUGUGUCAAGGGAGACAUAUGAAGAUAUCCAAAUUGGAAACCUCAAUGUUCCUAAAGGUGUCUGUUUAUGGACUUUGAUCCCAACAUUGCACAGAGACCCUGAAAUUUGGGGACCAGAUGCCAAUGAGUUCAAACCAGAAAGGUUCAGUGAGGGGGUCUCUAAGGCUUGCAAGUUCCCACAAGCGUAUGUGCCAUUUGGAUUGGGCACUCGCUUGUGCUUGGGGAAGAACUUUGCAAUGGUUCAAUUGAAGGUUGUGUUGGCCCUUAUCAUCUCCAAGUUCAGCUUCUCUUUGUCUCCUAGUUAUAGGCAUUCUCCGGCAUAUAGGAUGAUUGUGGUACCAGGACAUGGUGUGUAUAUUCUCAUUCAGAAGAUUUGAGACCAGAGCUUAUGAAACAAAUUAAACUAUACCACGUAUUAUUAAGAGCAUCUAUCUCCAACCAUGGUAUUCCACACAAUAGAAACUUCAACAUGAGUGUGUGUCUUACACUGGUUGAGCAAAUAAGAUCUACCACAGUAUUAAAGAACAAUGUCGACUGCAGGUAGACAAAAUGUGAAUUAAAAAAGUUGCAAAUAAAAGACAAAUUAUAGUGUGA